CAACAUUUUAUUCAGCUUCUCGUCGUUUACGUCGUCUCCCUCGCUCACCAUGUCCUCUUCAAUUUUACGGCUUUCACGUCUACACCGCGCAGCCUCUCCCUGUUUCUCUCUUCCAUGUUCAAAUCAUCCCAGACGAGCUAUGAUGUCUGCACUCCGGACCAACAAUACCCAUCCGCUUUCUUCCCUCUCCGAUUCGCCACCAGUUGUAAUACCAGACGCUACAUCAAUACCAAGUGACGCCGCUGCUCCGCAAACAGCAGCAAGACCACCUCCUGUCCCCAAGGCCGAGAAACCCCGGCCCAAAAUUAGGGCGACGAAGGCCGCUCUGACAAUGACUCCACUAGCUGUUUCUCGAAUACGUGCAUUGCUUGGUGGACCCACACCCCAGCUCAUUCGCAUAGGUGUGCGGAACAAGGGCUGUGCUGGGCUCUCAUACCAUCUUGAGUAUGUGGAACACCCCGGAAAGUUUGAUGAAGUAGUCGAACAAGACGGAGUCCGCGUCUUGAUAGACAGCAAAGCUCUUUUUUCUAUCAUCGGUAGUCAAAUGGAUUGGCAGGAGGACAAUUUGAGCUCGAAGUUUGUCUUCAAGAAUCCGAAUAUCAAGGAUGCGUGUGGGUGUGGAGAGUCCUUUAACGUGGCCACAUAACGUGGCCCACCGUUGUGUGAUCAUGAUCAGUUACCUUUACUCUCAUAUGUUUAUCAUACUGUAUCCAUAACUGCAGCCAUUUAAGUAACUACCUCCACUCUCACUGUAUCACCCCGAAAGAGGCUUGUAUUAUUUAUUUUGGUGACUAACUUACACAACAUUUACAAC